AUGCAGGAAAGUGCAAAGGAGGAUUUGAAAAAAAUCCGCGACAAGCGUGAAGCAGAAUUACUCAUUUGGAUAAAUACAGAUGAAGCUGCAAAACUAUCAGUUGCAGCCCACGAAAUGCAUAUUGGUAAUAUGUUCGAUUGCACAUCCAUAAUCUCGGGCCCAAUGAUGGAGUACUCCUAUGGUAUCGAUGGGGGGCUAGAAAAGUGCGUACAAAGCAGUUUAACAAAGUUUCUGCAGCCCGUGAACGAGUCCCUCGUGGCGCUUGACGAGACCUUUGUUGUCUUUCACAAUCAGGUCGAGGUGGCUAAAAAAUGCGUCGACGAUGCUACCCUCUCAACAUCGUUCUACGCAACCGAGUGCUUAAACAAGGCAAUAAUUACCGUCGACACUGCUUGGUUGGAGGCUUCGAGAAAAGUCGAUUUGUUAAAGUUGAAAGAUCAAUAUCAUCAAUUCUUGAAAGAAUUCGACCAAUGCGAACGACCAGAAGCUUACGAAAAAGUGAAAACCCAGAUAAAUAAAGCGGAAAAUGGGAUUAGAAAUUGCUUUACCAGAAUUACCGAAGGGAAAGAAGUGAGACAAAUGGAUGAUGAUUUUUGGCAUUAUAUUGACACAAAUCCAGAGGAGUUAGGGUACCCCUCGCUCCCUAACUGGCCCUGA